AUGUCUUUCGAGGAGCACCGCCUUAAAGAAUAUAGGUACAUCUUCAGUGACGAGGUGAAGAAAUACGUGGCCACAUCACUGUGGCGCAAAAGCACUUGGACCGAAAACAAAAUCUCCUAUUCUACUCUGCGGUAUGAUGAGUACCUAGACCUUGUCAGAAACGCAGUUCAGGAAGUCCAGAGUUCAGAAGACAGCUCCUCCAACUCCGACUCCGAAUCUGACCGUUUACAAGCUAUUGAAAGUCUCCCGAAGUCCCUGUUUCAAGCUCCCUAA